UCUGAGCAAAGAUGUUAAUAACACAGCAUUCGAAAGGUGAAUGUACAGACAGUGACAAUGGAGCGGGACGGCGAGUGUCAAUGUGACAAGACCACAUGCAGUUACGAUGAAGCAGUGGAGUUAACUGGCCAUGGGAAGUACAACUACCUCUUGCUGUUGGCAUGUUGCGUGAUCAUGAACGCGGUGUCCAUGGACAUGUUCGGUUUCAGCGUCAUCGUGACAACCUCCAGCUGCGAUCUUCAGCUCAGUCUCACAGAGAUAGGUGUGCUUGCCUCCACGCCUUUUGCAGGUGUUGUUCUUGCCUAUCCUUGGGGAUACUACGCAGACACCCGCGGAAGGAAGAAGGCUUUGAUCCUUUCGUCAUCUGUGGGAUUUGUCUUCGCGGUGAUGACCAGUUUGGCGACUAGCUGGCAGUUCAUGUUCGUUGCCAAGUUCUUGGCUAGUAGCUUUUCGAGUGCCGGGUUCACACUGACCGUCACGUUGCUUGGCGAAUGCACCGGGCAGAAGCAUAGGAGCCAGUUCUUGUUUAUCUUGAACAGUGUCAACCUGGCGGCGGAGUUGGUGUACUUUGGUCUAGCCUACGUAAUCUUGCCCUUGGACUUCGCCAUCGCCACACCUUUGGCGUCUCUCACGCUACGAUCCUGGCGUCUUCUGACUUUCAUUCUGGCACUGCCCCUGGGUUUUGGAGCACUGAUGAUGGUGAUCUUGUACGAGAGUCCUAAAUUUCUGGCCAAUCGGGGAGAUAUACCGCAGGCUUUGGAGGUGUUAAAGAAGAUGUAUGAACGCAAUGGAGGUGUAAAGGGUUGUUAUAAGGUGAGGAACAUUCUGACUGGUGAUGAUAUGGUAUCCACAAAGCUGUCGUUCUGGGACUCGCUGGUGAAGCAAACACUGCCCAUCUUCAGGCCUCCGCUGCUCUGGAAGACGUUGCAGCUCUUCUACUUACUAGCUCUUCUAUGCAGCGCGAACAACGUGUUCAUCGUGCUGUUCCCUACUAUCGUUAAUGAAUUCUUCAGCACCCUCGACAACGGUUGGACCGACAAGACAUUCUGUGAGAGGCUCUUUACUGGAAAUAAUUAUGAACCCACACACACCAAUUAUGUCUGCGAUGACAAAGUAUCAAACAACACGAUCUACAGCGGGAUGGCUUACGGCCUCUUCUUUUGGGUCCUCACACUCGUGAUCUCCACAUUUGCCAGGCGAAGGAAGCUGGUCCUCAUGGGCACUCUCGCCCUCGCCGGCAUCAGUUGCUGCCUUGUCAACCUGAAGGAGCCUAUCUCCAACCUCGUGUUCUUCAUUCUACUCCAGAGUACUUGUGUUGGGAUCGGCAGCAUUUUUUCCUAUUUUGUGGACAUGUACCCUACUUCUUAUAGGGGGCUGGCGACAGGCCUAGCGCUGAUGUUCGCCAGGCAGGUCUCGUUCGUCGGCGUCAACAUCAUCACGGCAGUCAUUACGCACAACUGCAGCCUGACCUUCUACAGUUGGGCGGUUUUCAUAUUCAGUGGUAUUUUCGUUGGUUGGUUCCUACCGGCAGACACGAGAGCACCGAAAUAGCACUUUGGGAAUUUAUUAUUAGUUUUAGUUGUUAUUCUAUAUUAUCGUGUUGUAUGAAGAAAUUAAAUUAUGAGAUGAAAAAAAAAA